UGAAGCUAUGGAGUGGGCGUGCUCACCAGCAGUAGAGGAGCAGCUGCAGGCAUGGACCACCGCCUUAACAGAUAACUGCUUUCAUUUCAUCACUGCUUGUCAUUCUAAUUACUGAUCUUUCUGGUCAUACAAAACCUUCCACACGACUUCUCCAACCUUCUGAUGACUUUUAAAGUAUUUAUUUCACAGCUUGUGAAUCCGGGUGAAGAUCUGAACAUUAUAUAUGUUACAGAGACAUAUGUGAGGGGUGAUGAGCAGAGUAUAGAGGACAUUCCUUCAGAUAUCCGCCCAGAUGACUAUACCAGGAGCUCAGAGGAACAUCUCAUAUCUUCAGAUUUUAAGGCAGAUGAUCAUGGUAUCAAGCAAGAUACAUAUAAAGAGCAUGCCAUUAUCCCAGAUGUAGGCUCCAUCAGACACAGCAAAUAUCUAUCAUCUGAUGCUUUGGAUCGGGUCCAGUGUUCUGAUUCAUCAGAGACUGUUAUUCAAAAUAAAAGUUAUGGAAGGAGUGUUCAAUUUCAAAGAACUUACACAGGGGAGAAGGCUUUUUUAUGUUCAAAAUGUGGACAAUAUUAUAGUGAUAAAUCAGCUCUUGUUAAGCAUCAGAGAAUUCAUAUGGAGGAGAAGCCUUUUUCAUGUUCAGAAUGUGACAAAUGCUUUAACUAUAAAUCACAACUUAUUAUACAUGAGAGAAUUCACACAGGGGAGAAGCCGUUUUCAUGCUCAGAAUGUGGAAAACAUUUUAACUCUAAAUCACAUGUUAUUAUACAUGAGAGAAUUCACACAGGGGAGAAGCCAUAUUCCUGUUCAGAAUGUGGAAAACGUUUUAACCGUAAAUCAAGUCUUGUUAAACAUGAGAGAAUUCACACAUGGGAGAAGCCAUAUUCAUGUUCAGAAUGUGGAAAAUGUUUUAGUGAUAAAUCAGAUCUUCUUAAACAUGAGAAAAUUCACACAGGGGAAAAGCGAUUUUCAUGUUCAGAAUGUAUAAAAUGUUUUACAAAUAAAUCACAUCUUGUUACACAUCUGAAAAUUCACACAGGGGAGAAGCCAUUUUCAUGUUCAGAUUGUGGAAAAUGUUUUAACCAGAAAUCGUCUCUUGUUAUACACAAGAGAAUUCACACAGGAGAGAAGCCAUUUUCAUGUUCAGAAUGUGAAAAACGUUUUAACCACAAAUCAGAUCUUGUUAAACAUGAGAGAAUUCACACAGGGGAGAAGCCAUAUUCAUGUUCAGAAUGUGAAAAACUUUUUAACCGUAAAUCACUUCUUGUUAAACAUGAGAGAAUUCACACAGGGGAGAAGCCAUAUACAUGUUCAGAAUGUGGGAAAUCUUUUUCAGAUAAAUCACAUCUUGAUAAACAUAAGCGAAUUCACACAUGGGAGAAGCCAUAUUCAUGUUCAGAAUGUAAAAAAAGUUUUAACCAUAAAUCACAUCUUGUUAAACAUGAGAGAAUUUCCACUGAGGUUCCAGCAGCUGGGUCCAAUAGCGGUUCAGAACUUACACUUAAUGAUAUACAACUUCACCUUAAAAGUGAUUUCACACCUGUUGUUAAUCAUGUGGCCGUGGAUACGUUUAUUAAUGCAGUUAGGUUAGAUUUAAAGACCUUAAAAGCAUCAGGGGUUGAAGGGAUGUGUGUAAAGAGAAAUAUGAAAGCGGAGGAGACCAAAGCCCUGAAGGAACUCUCCACUAACCCUUGUCUGACCAUUAAACCGGCAGACAAGGGUGGGGCUGUGGUGGUUAUGAACACAACUGACUAUGUGGAUGAGAUAUAUCGCCAGUUGAAUGAUGAAAAUGUUUACCGUAGGCUUCCAGGUGACCCUAAGUUUGAAUUUCUGAAGAAAAUCCGUAGGGUCCUGGAUUCCGCUAGGGAGGAGGGUGUAAUUGAUGACAAGUUGCAUUCUUUUCUCUAUGUGGAACGGCCAAGAACUCCGGAUGAGUUCUUUAUCCAAUUGCAUGAUUAUCAUGAUGGAGAAUUUGAUUCCAAUUGA